GCUGCAUAAUAGCCCCUGUCAGGAGUGAAAAGUGCGGGGGUGGGACUCAAGCUCUGUCCAGCGUUCCGAUUUCGGGGUGAAUGGCUGCCCCUGGGGCUCCCCAAACUCGAGACUGGGGGUUCAGGUUCCCGUCAGGACCAAACGCAACAUAUUAGAGCAGACUAAUGUCUAUAUUUCAGACUUAAUCAACUUACACUGGGUACCUUGGUGUAGUUUGUUCAGCGGACACAACUCCUCGGCAUGGCGUCGACAGGCAAGCAUGCAGGCCUUCCCUUCGCCCUCUCCGACCCUGACCUCAUCCAAUUCGGGAAUUACAUCAAUGGCGAGUUAGUGCCAUCUGUAUCCAACAAGCGGUUCGAUGUUAUAGACCCCGGCACUGGGAGGUCCUGGGCCUCGUGCCCGGACAGCAUUCCCGACGAUGUCGACCAAGCCGUGGCCACCGCGAACAUCGCCUUCCAGGCCUACUCAAAGUGGACGCCCCGACAGCGAGCCCAGGCCCUCUCGAGGUGGCACUCGCUGAUCGUUGGCGCCCGCGACGAUCUCGCCAAGAUACUGGUCCACGAGACCGGGAAGCCGUUGGCCGAGGCCUACGGCGAGCUGGACUAUGCGACCUCGUUCACGUGGUGGUUCACGGGCGAGGCGGACCGCGUGCAGGGCACGACCUUCACCUCGGCCGUCCCGGGCCGCCGGGGCCUGCUCAUCAAGCAGCCCAUCGGCACUUGCGCGGCCCUCGUGCCGUGGAACUUCCCGGUCGCGCUGGUCCUGCGAAAGGCGAGCGCCGCGCUUGCGGCGGGCUGCACCAUGGUCGUCAAGACAUCGCCCGAGACGCCCGUCACGGCCGUCUGCAUCGCCCGCUUGGCCUCCAAGGCCGGUUUCCCGCCUGGGGCGCUCAACGUGCUGAGCACCAGCCUUGAGAACACGCCCGCUGUCGCCGAAUCGCUCUGCCUGCACCCGCUGGUCAAGAAGGUCACUUUUACGGGGAGCACGCGCGUCGGCAAGAUAAUAGCCGGGCUGUGCGCGCGCAACCUCAAGAAGACGACGCUGGAGCUAGGCGGCAACUGCCCCUUUAUCGUGUUCGAUGACGCGAGUCUGGACCAGGCACUUUCACAGCUUAUGGCGCUCAAGUGGCGGCACGCGGGCCAGGCGUGCGUGUCCGCCAACAGGGUCUACGUCCAGAGCGGCAUCCACGACGCCUUCGUCAAGGCGCUCGUCGAGCGUACCUUGGCGCUCAAGAUGGACCACGGCAUGGAGGAAGGCUGCACGCUGGGGCCUGUAACGACGCCCAGGGGGCUCGACAAGGCCGAGGAGCUCUUCGACGACGCCGUCUCCAAAGGGGCCAAGGCCGUGCUGGGCAACGGCAGGCGCGCCAGCGAUGGGGGCGGCUACUUCAUGUCGCCCACGAUCAUGACGGGCCUGACGGACGGCAUGGCCAUGUGCCGCGACGAGGUCUUCUCGCCGGUGCUCGGCCUGUGUCGGUUCGAGACUGAGGACGAGGUCGUGAGGCGCGCAAACGACACGAGCAUGGGUCUGGCCAGCUACGUCUUCACAAAGAACGUCGACCGCCUGUGGAGAAUGUUUGAGCGGCUAGAGGCCGGCAUGAUCGGCCUGAACGCGGGCAACAGCUCCGCCACCGAGGCGCCAUUCGGAGGCAUCAAGGACAGCGGGCACGGGAAGGAGAGCGGCAAGGAUGUGGCCGUGGACGAGUUCCUCAUCACCAAGAUAGGGACUCUGGCGAUUGAGGAUCAUUAUUAGUCCUUUCUAUAACACCGUUAUGCAACAGGUUGGGUUGGAUGCGACUGUCUUGGGAGCAGAUAUGACAUUGGAAAAGCACGCGGCGACGGCAGGAAAUUGUCUUGAGAGAACUCCAUGGGUUCCAACGCCGUUGAGGUGUCAUGUGAUCAAACCCAUGUCUCCCCCCA